AUGUCUUUUCGCGGACGAGGAGGAAGAGGAGGUGGCUUCAAUCGCGGAGGUGGAGGUGGCGGCGGUGACAGAGGUGGCUUUAAUCGCGGUGGACGAGGUGGCUUCGGACGGGGAGGUGGACGAGGAGGCUUCAACAGAGGCGGCUAUGACCAGGGACCUCCAGAAAGGGUAGUUUUAUUGGGAGAGUUCAUGCAUCCCUGUGAAGAUGACAUUGUUUGUAAAUGUAAAACGGAGGAAAACAAGGUGCCUUAUUUUAAUGCCCCAGUGUACUUGGAUAACAAGGAGCAGAUUGGUAAAGUGGAUGAAAUCUUUGGACAGCUGAGAGAUUUUUAUUUUUCAGUGAAACUAUCCGAGAACAUGAGAGCCUCUUCAUUUAAAAAAAUGCAAAAGUUUUACAUUGAUCCAGCAAAGCUGCUCCCCCUCCAGAGAUUUUUGCCAAGGCCUCCUGGAGAAAAAGGUCCUCCCAGAGGAGGUGGUAGAGGAGGACGUGGUGGUGGACGUGGAGGAGGAAGAGGUGGUGGUAGAGGAGGAUUCGGAGGAGGAAGAGGUGGAGGAAGAGGAGGAGGAUUCAGAGGAGGAAGAGGUGGAGGAGGAGGAGGAUUCAGAGGAGGAAGAGGUGGUGGAGGAAGCUUUCGGGAAAGGACUCUUGAGAACAGAUAA